GUAGUACAGAAUUCAAUCUGUUCUUAUCAAUACUGGUAUCAGUUGUCGCGUAUCCGUAAAAUGUCCUGCGCGUUAUAAUUAUGUCACUUGUUUUGUUCUACCACUAUGAUUCGCUGGACGUAGAAUAUUGCUAGCGAUUGGAAGUGUUGUUUGUGUAUCCACAGCAGAUCUCUUCCCUACGAAAUGACACGGACUUUGUACAUGUAUCUGCAAGAGAGUUCCUCCAGUUGAUAGAUUGGAGGAGAAAAACAAUAAUUACCUGCCUCUCGUGCCUAUGCAUCUGCCUGUGCGGUCCAACGACACCAUGUUGACGGGUGACCCUGCCGCCAAGUCGAUGGCUAAGCGCCUGGUUUGUGCAGCAGCAUUUCUUCUAGCGGUCCACCUGGUUAGCGCGCAGAUGACUUUGGACAGCACGUCGAGCAGCUUGAAGAACCAUGACCAACACCCGACGUGCAUGCCCCUACCCUCCACAGCUCCGGACUCUCACUAUUUCAAGAAGAAUGCCAGCGUAGUUAUUGGGGGACUUUUCCCACUGUUCAAGCGGCCCGAUGAAAUCCAAGGCUCGUCGAACAAGUUCCCGUUUGCUGAUGUGUCUGACGAGGGAAUACAGAAGACAUGCAGCGAGUUCAGGAGCUAUCGUCUGGUGGAUAACUCACAGAUCUUCGCGUACGUGAUAAACAACGUGUACAAUGGCACGCUACAGUCGACGGUGCCAGGUCGGAGUAUUGACAUAGGAUACACACUGGCUGAUAGCUGCAGCUCCCUGUUCGUCAACUCACGCAUGGCGCUGCGAUUUGCGUCGGAAAUUCCGCUUGUCGGUCGGAAAUCUUUCUGCGGACUCCGCGACGAAUUGCUGCCGCAGUGCCCGCAGCCAUCGGUUAACAUCAGUGCUAGCGAUAUGAACAGCAAUGGAAGCGGCACGGAUCCAACAACUGAACCUUCAACUAAUGUUUAUAGAGAUGUCAGCAGUGAGAAUCCCGGCGCUACUACCGAAGACGUGGGGGUGAUGUGUCCGUCCGGUACCAGCGUGCCGAUACGGAACAUGGCCAUUGCAGUCGGUUUGACAGAGAGCCGCGUCGUGCUGCCCGUGUCGACGAUCUUCACCAUUGAGAAACUGACGCACAUCAGCCCCAGUGCCACGGGCAAUGGCUUUGUCAACCACUCCGGAGGACAGCUGCCGUACUUCUUCAGAACAGCGGCGCCAGAUCAGAGCCAGGCGCAGGCACUCAUUGACAUUGUUGUCCACUUCAAAUGGAACUAUAUCAUAGCACUGGCGUCGUCGAAUGAUAAUUACGGCACGCCGGGCCUUAUCAAGCUGCAACAGGCCGCUCUGUUGGCUAAUGUCUGCAUUGCCUAUUCAACGACGUUCAGCUCGGUGGACCCACUGCGUGAUGUUGUCAUACCCGACAUCGUUAACAAUCUGAUGUUGUACGACGACGCGAAGGUAGUUAUUCUGUUUGCACGCAGCUACGAAGCUGAACUCCUCUUCAAGGCCAUUGUGGAAACUCGCGAAAACCUUUCGAGGAGUGGUAGUAUGUUGAGAGCUAAGAAACUGGACAAGCUGUGGUUGGGCAGUGAUUACUGGGGCACAUCAUCACGCUUGCAGCAAAUGAAAAACUUGGCCCCUGCUGUACCUGUUGCGUUGGUAUUGCGACCUCGCCUGCCGCUAAACUUCACGGACUUCAUAACGGAGCGGGUGAACGGCUACGUGGACUAUUUGCUAUCGCUGACCACGCGUGAUGUACGCCAACAGAGCGAGACGGACAACCCAUGGCUGUGUCACUUCUGGGAGGAUGUGUUCGGCUGCGGCAAUGCUUGCUCGCAGAGCUACGCAGGACGCAAAAAAUCGUGGGCGAAUGUAUCCUGCGACAAUCCCAAGUUCCGCUUAACGCUGAGCAAGAUCGAGGAGAUUGCACCCCGGCUGGGCUGGACUCGCAACAUCCUUGCAGCGACGGAGCUGUCAGUGCGAGCACUCAAGAUCUUACUGGACAGCAUACCAGCGGACACCCCAGCAGACCAGGUCACCGACCGUCUCCUGACCCUGGCCAACGGCAAGGCAAUGCGCGAAGCCGUGCGCAACGUCACAUUCCCCUGCACACAGGGAGAGUGCCAAUUGUUAACGCGUGUAUCCGAGCCAAGUCCGGCGUUCUCCAUUUCAAACUUUAUCACGCAGAACAGCAGCGAUGUAGGCCACUGGGAGCUGGUGACGGGCGCGGAGGGCAAGAGAAAAGCCGUGCUACAGCUCCAGGAAGACCUCAUCCUCUGGUCGGAGCGCAUUCCUGCCAACAUCUCGUCGACGUGCCGUAAAAAGUGUGGAUUUGGCCAGGGUACCAAGGAUAACCCGGAUCGGCCGUGCUGCACCGAGUGCAUAGACUGUUCCAAGAAGGAGAGAGCGCCGGAGAACGGCAUUGGUUCCUGUGAGGGCUGUGGCAAUGGAGAGACGGCCAGCGAGAAUCGCACUGCGUGCAUUCCACUGCCGCGCAAGUUCCUUGACUGGGGAGACCCGAUCGGAAUCGUGCUGACGGUGGCCGUUGUUGUGUGUAUGUCCCUGGUCAUCUUCACGCUUGCCGUGUUCUGCUAUUACCGUGCGUCACCUGUAGCCAAAGCAUCCGAUUAUCAUCUCAUGAUCUUGAUUCUGAUUGGCAUGUUGGUUGGCUACGCCGUGGCCUUGGUACAGAUUGGACGUCCCAGCAAGCUACACUGCCUGGUUGCCAAGCUGGCGCAGUCACCGCCCUUCAUAUUCACCACGGCAACACUGCUGAUCAAGACCAGCCGGCUGGCGCGCAUGGCCAUCGCUGCCCAGCAGAUGGUGACGUUCACGCGCAAGUGGACGCUGAGCAUUCCGGCGCAGGUCAUCUUCAUCUGCAUCGUCUCAUUCAUCGGCAUUACCCUAGAGCUGACGCUGACCCUGACACACACUCCCACGGUCAAGGAGCUCUACCAUGAUGACACGCCGCAUGUGUAUCUGCUGUGCGACUACGACUCGAAACGCUCUGCAGUCCUCGACGUCUACAUCGUCAUCUUGAUCCUGGUCACCAGCGUCUUUGCGUUCAUCACGCGCAAAAUGCCGAUGAACUUCAACGAGGCACGGCACAUCUUCCUGACAUCGUUCUGCCUGUGUGCCGUCUGGGGCAUGCUGGCGCCACCAAUCUACUUCUCCGAUACCAAGUAUGUGGCCGUGCUGUACUCGCUGAGGCUGCUGACGCACAUGGCCGCCAUCUGGCUAUUCCUCUUUACGCCGCGGCUGUACAUCUUCCUAUUCCGCAAGCACCGCAACUCCGUGUACGCCGACCACGUGGGCAGAGGAAGCAGACGGCGGCGCAGCGGUGGUGCGCUCUCCGUGGCCAGCGAUAGAGCCGCCACGUAAGCCGGCACGUACCAUAGACGGCCACCCAAGGCAAAUACUUGUAAGUUAGUGGCGUGUAACGUUAGACAGUAACUCGAUACUAAACAGGCACGUACGAUAGGCGGCCACAUGAGCCAGAUAGUUGUAAGUUAGUGGCAUGUAUGUCUGACAGUGCUAAACAGGUACGUACGAUAAAGCCACGUAAGGCAAGUACGAUAGAGCCACCCAAAGCACGUACGAUAGAGCCACGUAGGGCAAGUACGAUAGAGCCACGUAAGGCACGUACGAUAGAGCCACGCAGGGCAGAUACUUGUAAGUUCGUGGCGUGGAUGUCUGACGGUACUAAACAGGAUGUGCCCGUCAUUCACAGUACGCCAUGGCACACAGGACUCGACCACUGUUUGAGCGGUAUGUCUUGAUUGAAGUUGAUUGUUUUUCGACAUGACAAGAUUUUUGUUGCCCACACAUAGAGGUUUGUUGAUGACCUGUUGCCUACUGAUAAUAUAUAUUGCAUGCUUUACCCCCAGGGUUUUUCGUGCUCAGUUGAAACUCAGUGAAUUGAAAAUCUCCACUGCUGGAGACUAGCUUGAGCUCUUGUCCAGUUCUCUAGGAAUCAUCCCACCAUACAUAGCUGUACUGCAAUACACAUUUCCAAUGACACAAUGGAAUUAUCUUAGUAACAUGGUCUAUAUCACAUUAUUAUGAAGGACUUCAACUGAAAUCUGAA